AUGGGCAACCAUUCACAGCAACAGCAGCAACAACCUCGUGUCUCCCAGCAGCAAUCACACCAGAAAUGGACUGAAAUCGAUCCAAAAAACCACCAAGGAAGCACCGUAGAACUAACUCGGGACGGCAAGACCUUCAACCAUUGCAGUGGAGCCCUGAUCGACUACCGACACGUGAUAACAUCCGCGUCCUGCACCAACUGGGACAAUCAACAGCCCACCCACAUCGUAGCCAACGAGCAACCUAUCGAAAUCACAGGAAUAACUCGCCAUCCACGGUUCGUCUCCGGAAAGCACUACAACGACAUUGCCGUACUGCGGCUGGACAAAUUCUACAACCCUCACAAGAUCUACCAGAUUGUGGCUCCGUCCUGUAUUUGGAACAAGGACAAAAUUCCGGAACCGAUCGCAUUCUACUCCGGAUACGGACCGGAUUCAGCUGGGUCUUCGGCUUCUCACGUGACGUACGUCCCGUUGAAGAUUCUCACGGCGUUCUACCUGGACAAUGGUCGCUGUAAUACUAACUACAGCGCACAGUUCGCCCAGCAGUUACCCGGUGGAUUCAACGGAGACUUUGUUUGUGGCGAAAACCCCGUUGACUUGGUACCGGGCAUUUGUAGGGUGGAACCGGGAGGACCAAUCUCGAACUUUCGACGGGAUAACGUCGUUCCUUACGUAUAUGGAGUGAACACUCUGGGCGGAGAGUGUGGUGGAGCCGGAAACUUAUUUGUGGCCACUCGGGUAUCUUCCUACUACAGAUGGAUCGAAUCGAUUGUACUCAACAGGACGGAAAAGGUCGUGGAUAGUCGAUUUGAUGACGACGAGCGAGAUAACGAUGUCCAUCUGCACCCGGUGGUGAAUCGUGGAGACUUCCCCAGCGAAAGCCAUUUCGUAUCGUACAUUUUACCUGGAUUGAUAGCAUCAGAUAAACGAUUGAAACCUUAUGGAAGCCAAUUCACGCCAGUGGCAACUGCAUCAAUUCACCGUAGUCUUCGCAAUAAAAUCGACGAUGAUCCUGUGAAGCUUACAAUAUACGGUGCCCAGUUGGACGAGCUUCCAUCCGGGUCGGAAAACAUUCUUCAAACGCUUCGAUCUAUUCCCGUUCAAAACAACUACCGUUCCUCAAGUGAUGUUCAGAUCAUAAAAUCAAUUGAACUCCCUGUUCGUCAACCGUACCACGAAUUCGUAAUUCAAAGACCGACUUUGACAUCGGCAUCAACCCUUCGCUACAAGCCAGUCAUUCCUCAACCUUACAUACCGCUGCAAACGAACUCCGUUCACUAUCAACGCCCAGCACCUCGGACAUUGCUUGUUAAUCCUUUGCUAUCAUCAACGUCCAGAGUCGCACCAGCAUCGGAGUCGUUCAGCAUAGUGAAAUCGAUUGAACUCCAUCAGGAUGGCCAAUGUACCCUCAGUUCCGGUCAACCGGGAAGGUGUGUGCAUUAUAGUUACUGUAGUAUAAGGGCGUCAUCAUACUGCAGUACCCACCUUCUAACAGUUUGCUGUCCCGUGUGAGAUAGAGAAUGAAAUUCUCAUCUGUGCAUUUAUAAGUCGAAGUUAAGGUUGUGAAAUAUAAAUUUAGAGUAGAGUACAUUA